CCGGCUCUCUCUCACAAUAUCAACUAAAAGUACUGAAAAAAAAAAAAAAAAAGCGGAAGAGAAAAAAAAUGGUGGGAACGAAUAUGAAGGCGGAGACGAUGGGUUUAAUGGAGAAGAGGACCGCCCUGGAGGCGGAGAUGAACGCAAUCAUAGAGAGUCUUACUCAGCCCGGCGGCCCUGGAAUCUCCGGCAACCUCCUUGACUCCGAGGGUUUUCCUCGCGAAGACAUUGACAUCCCAGCUGUGCGAGCAGAAAGGCGUCGUCUUGCUGAAUUGCGUAAUGAUCACAGAGAGAUUACCGAGAAACUGAACAGAAAUAUUGAAGUUCUGCAUUCGGCAAGUCUUGCUCCUAAACAAUCAUCACUCAAUGAUCCAGAUGGCCAAAGCGCAUCAGCUGUCAACGAUGUUGCAUCUGCAUCCUCAACCAAUGUUCAUACUGCCAUGGAUGAGGAUAUGAUUGUGAGCGUACCCUUUGCGUUGGUGGAUGAGAUAGCUGAUGCAUCACCAGCAGCAGAUGAUGGUUUACAGAUUGGAGAUCAGAUUGUUAAAUUUGGUAAUGUGGAAAAUGGUGAUAAUUUGUUGCAGAAACUUGCUUCUGAGGCUCAAGCUAAUCAGGACCGUGGGAUACCAAUAAUACUUGUAAGGCAAGGUGCUCAAGUCAACUUAACCGUGACACCUAGAACAUGGCAAGGCAGGGGUCUACUUGGCUGCCAUUUCCGGAUCCUGUGAGCGGUUUGUUUUCCGGUUCUUCACAAGCCAGAGGACUCGAAGACAGUUUAGUUAACGUUGGUCUCAAUCAUGUCAAAUUCCAAAACAUAGCGCCCUUUAGUUCAGGCUGGUUUCCAUUCCGAUUUCCUCCUUUUUAAGAUGUAUACAUUGGUUGAGAUCGCGACAUUAUUUGCUUUAUUUUAGCGAAUCGUGGAUGAGAAACAUAUGGGAUUUCUAAUUCAAUCUUGUAGACUACUUUA